AUUAACCCUAGAUGUUCUGGGAAUCUGGAUGGUUCUGGUGUCGACGCUAGAGAGCGCAGUGGUCGCUCCACCUUGGGCCGACCCGGGUCAAAACCCAUGUGCUACCGAACCAGGGGGUUGGCAACUACUCUAUUGGCCCCCCGAUCAGAAAUGCUACCGCAUUUUCCAGAAGGGAUAUCCUUGUCCAGAAAGCAUGGAGCUGACACCUAGUGCGGAGUCAGGAGCAGAAUGCAGAUGUCCCCCUGGCACCGCUCAGAGUCCUCGGGACGCCAUCUGUCAUCUGCUCUACUCCAGGGGACCCUGUGCGGAGAACGAGUACUUUGCACCCGUAUCUGACACUGUUAUAGG